AUGUCCGUAAGUCUCUACACCUAUUUCCGCUCCUCAUGCUCUGCUCGACUACGCAUCGCGCUCCAUCUCAAAGGGAUUCCAUUUACCCCGGUAUUCGUCAACCUCCUAAAAGAUGAACAAUUAUCCCCCGCUCACAAAGCUAUCAACCCAUCCGGCCUCGUUCCAGCUCUCAUAAUCCAACACGACACCACAACAGUAACAAUCACCCAAUCCUUAGCCGCCCUAGAAUACCUCGAAGAAGCAUUCCCGGACAAAGGACCCGCUCUCCUCCCUUCUGAUCCCGAAUCCCGCGCCCAAGUGCGCACAUUAGCCUCCAUCAUCGCCUGCGACGUGCAACCCGUCACCAACCUCAAAAUCCUCAAACGGGUCGCCCCACUAGGCGCAGACCGAGUAUCUUGGUCGAAGGAUUUAAUUGAGGAAGGACUCCGAGCGUACGAAGCUACCGUGUCUCGCUGUGCGGGGAAAUUCAGCGUCGGGGAUGAAAUGACUAUGGCGGAUAUUUGUCUGAUCCCGGCGGCGUGGGGUGCGGAGCGGGUUGGGGUGGAUUUGUCGGCAUUUCCUGUUACGUAUAGGAUUAUUCAGAACUUGGAGAAGGAGGAGGCUGUUCAAAAGGGUCAUUGGCAGACGCAGCCUGAUACGCCGGAAGAUUUGAGGGUGAAGGAGUAA